AUGUUUUCACCGCCAUUGCUCACGAUCAGUCGCAGCAGCAACGCCAAAGACGUUGAAGAGCCACCACCUUUUCAAAGGCGUCCACGGCACAAUAAAAACGGUGCGGCAAUGGCUGUAUUUCGUCAUUCAAUGGCAUCGCAAUAUUCAAGCACCAGUGGAUCCAGCCAUAGCCAUCGAUACAGUGUUGCCAGCACGGAUAGUUAUACUGAUACCACAACGCGACGAUGGUCAGGUGAGACGAGCCAUUCCGUUGCUGUAGACCACGUGCCAUCACAACCAUCCUCACCCACAUCAUAUACAUCUUUACCUCCAUCUUCGCGUUUCUUGCUAUCUGGUGCAACGAGUUCCGAGGAUUUCCGUGAGCAAGAGUUGAGCCGCUUUUAUCCGUCAUCGAUGGCAUCCAUGGUUGCCAGCACGACCACGGCUUCCUUGGCAACCAUGGCCGAUGAUGUUCAAUGCACAUCGUUACGUACAGCACUUGAGAAUGCAAGUUGUCACGGGUGGCUGUGUAAACGCGAGACGCCGUCAUUUGCAUUUGCACGGUCAUGGAAAAAACGCUAUAUCACGCUCACCGAUCGGAUUCUAUAUGUCUUCAAAUCGGACAAAGUCACCGCUCCUGCACGAGAACACUUUUUACUUACCGAUGAUACGCUCGUCUUUGUGUCCGAAGAGUUUAAAAGAAGUCAUUUUGUCCUCGAGAUCAGAAAACCCUUAUGCAAAUGGUGUUUGAGGUUUGACUCGGCCAAUGAGCUGAAGAAAUGGCUUGAGGCAAUGAAAAUUGUCAUUGCGACGUCAUCUAACCACACAACAAUGAACCACGUCGGCUCACAACAAGAGCAUCAUGAUACUACGACUCGUGCAAAGAAGCAUCGAUCAGCUAUUGUGGAAACAUUGCUUCCUCGACCACCUCCUUGGUGGAGACAUUAUGAAGACAAUCGACGUUCCAGUUCUCCUCCUGUACCAACCUCUAUCACCAGCAUGACAAACCAUGACACGUGCCCUCCUACCACUACUACUACUACCGAUACUACACCAACAAAUACUAUUACUACUACUACUAUUACUACAUCAUCGUCUUCAUCAUCAACUUCAACCACUCCACCAACAAUCAAACGCCAAUCUCUUGCACAAAUUCCUGAUUGGGAAAAGACUUUACCUCCACCCAUGCCACCUCCUCAAUCCUCACCACCGCCUGCACCUAUUAACAACAACAACAACACCGCAUCCCUCACACCUGUAUCUGAAGAUCAUUGA